CCGGGGUCCGCGGCGCCAGUGUCGUCCCCACGCGACUCCGACCUCGGCCCACAAUUCUUCCCACGAGCUAUAUAAACCGGCAAGCGCGAGCUGAAAAAAAGUAGAAUUAAAGUUGCCAGGAAGUCACCAUUCAUCUCAACCUUUCUCGCACGUCCAUCUUAGAAAUUCGCAUCAACACACAACUCGGCAAAGCGAUAAAGAGAAGGUCGUAGCCAGAACAGACUAUCAGCACGCACCUCCAUUGCUUUUCAGUCAAAGUAUGGCUCACGACCCGGGUCAGGCCCACGCCCGGGCCGGCGACAAGAUCGCUCAGGUUCUCACCUCGGACAGCGCUCCUCAACAGAAUGGUGAGGAUACUGGGAACCAGAGCGGCGGAGGCAACACUCGGGAGCCCAUCCAGGAGUACAGCGUCGAGCGGGUCGAGAAGGUCUACCGGAAACUCGACCUCCGCAUCAUUCCCGCCUUCUGGGCUCUCUACUUCCUCAGCUCCGCCAUCCGCUCCAACAUCGGCAUCGCCCAGACCAUGAACACGACUACCGGCCACGACCUGGCUUCGGUCCUCUCUCUCUCGCCGCGCGACACCUCCACCGCCCUGGCCCUGUUUUAUGUGUCGUACGUCCUGUUCGACCUGCCCUCCAACCUCGUCAUGAGCAGGCUCUCCCCCCGCGUCUGGAUGGCCCGCAUCGUGUUCGCCGUCGGCGUAACGGGCACGUGCUUCACCGCCGUCAACGACGCGUGGAGUUUGAAGCUGCUGCGGUUCUUGCUGGGUGUGGUUACUGCGGGUAUGUGGCCUGGCAUGGCAUAUUAUUUGACGCUGUUCUACCCGCCGUCGCGAACUGGGAAGCGGAUUGGCAUGUAUUUCACCGCGUCCCAGGUCUCGGCCGCCGUGGUCGGCUUGGUGUCGGCGGGGUUUCAGCAGAUGGACGGGCUGGGCGGCCUGGUCGGGUUCAGGUGGAUGUUUCUGAUCUACGGACUGUGCGGUGUGCUGCUGGGCAUUUCCCUGCUCUGGUGGCUACCUGACCGGCCGCUGGCGCCGGGCGAGCAGAGGGCGAAGAGCUGGUACUCAAGCUUUCUUCCGCAGAGUCCCGAGGCCCUGAAGGGGGAGGAUGCCGUUGUGCAUUAUCACGAUCUGAGGAGGGUCUAUCACGCCAGGGCCUGGAACAUGAGGGACCUGUGGCAUGUGCUUAUCGACUGGCGACUAUGGCCUCUAGUGCUGAUGUACUUUGGGGUCGUUGGCGUCGGCAUUGGCACACAGCUGUACGGGAGUGUCAUCAUCGCGGCGAUUAAUCCGACCUUUACCGGUGUUCAGGUCAGCUUGCUGUUCGCCCCGAUCUGGAUGAUGGAUUUCUGCGCCAUCCUCCUAGUCACCCCGAUUUCCGACAGAUUCCACCGACAUCGUGCCAUCUUCUUCUCUGCCGCCGUGUGCAUACAGAUAGCCGGCCUCCUCACCGUCACGUUUGCCCUCGACAACCCCUGGGCUAGAUAUGGUGGCCUUCUGAUGGUUGGCUUCGGGCUCGGGCCAACCGUCCCUAUCUGCAUGACCUGGACCAACGAGAUCUUCCAGCGCCGCCAUCGCGAGGUCGGCGUCGCCGCCGCGUCGGCCCUCGUCUCAGGUCUUGGCAACCUCGGCAGCAUCACCACGACGUACGCGUUGUACACUGGCUGGCCCGAGGACGCCGCCAAGGGCCCGCACCAGUACCGCAUGAGCAACUUCACCAUGAUUGGGAUUCUCUGCAUGAGCAUCGCCAGCAGCUUCGUCAUGACUGCUUUGCUCCAGAUCUUUGGGAACGAGCCCAGCAAGAAGAUCACCAACAGCAGCAGCAGCUCGGCCGCCGACUCGGACGAAUAUCUCGACGGUGCAGCUCGGAGAGAAACCCAGCAGCGUGGGUUCAGACGGAUGUGGUGGAACAAGCCGUCCGAGGCUUCCCCACAUGCUUAAGGAGCGCGAUAGAGAUUAGGAGAGGGCGGACGGGCCCGCGGUGCAAGCGACAACCACCACCGCCAAUUCCGCCCGAGAGGGCUCUCGAGGGCAGGGCGAACUGCCCCGCAACUUCACUUCUCGACGUUCAUUCAACCACGACUUUUACCCAUACCUGCUCGAUACAUCGAAAAAAGAACGAUAUACGAUCGGUAAUACCCAGGUCCGGGUUUCAAACAAGCGUCUUUUGUUCCAAGGAACGGCAUGUCAUACGAGCUCCCCCGAUUAUUCAACAAGCCCACUGGAGC